AUGGAUCACGAUACCCAAAAACCCGAUGGCAAGGUCGGCUCGCCUGUAUAUAGCGUGGGCGAGCAUCCCGACACUGACAGGCGCCUGACCGACUCCUCUACCGCGACACCUGCCACCCAAUAUCGCACCUACAAGCGCCGCUGGUUCGGCCUCGUGCAGCUGGUGCUAAUGAACAUUGUUGUUUCCUGGUGUUGGCUUUCAUACGCCCCCGUCGCAGACAAGUCCGCCUCUUACUACGGCGUCUCCAACAACGACAUCAACUGGAUCAGCAUCGCCUUCUUCUUCGCCUUUGUCGUCGCCGCCGUUCCCGCCAUCAUUGCCCUCCACCGCUCUCCGCGCAUCGCCAUCCUGAUCUCGGCCGUCCUCAUGUUCCUCGGCAACUGGAUCCGCUACGCCGGCUCCAAGCACCGCUCCGGCGGCCACUACGGCUACGCCAUGGGUGGCACCUUUGUCAUUGGCCUCGCCCAGCCCUUUGUACUCGGCGCGCCGUCCGCGUACUCGGAUCUGUGGUUCACCACCCGCGGCCGCUUGGCUGCCACCGCCGUCACGUCGCUCGCCAAUCCUUUCGGCUCGGCCCUCGGCCAGCUCAUCAACCCACUCUGGGUGUCGUCCGUGGGCGACAUCUCCAACAUGGUGCUCUACGUCGCCAUCAUUGCCUCGGUCGCUUGCGUGCCCGCCCUCGCCAUUCCCUCCCGCCCGCCGACACCCCCCGGGCCGACCGGCGAGACGCCCAAGAUUGAGCUCCGCGCCUCAGCCCGCCACGUGCUGUCGUCUCUGGAGCUCUGGCUCAUGCUCAUUCCCUUCUUCAUCUUUGUCGGUUUCUUCAACUCGUUCAACUCGCUCCUCAACCAGAUUCUCGUCCCGUACGGCUUCACCGACGACGAGGCUGGUAUCGGCGGCGCCGUCUCGAUCGUCGUCGGCAUCGUCUGCGCCGCCAUCACCUCCCCGCUCAUUGCCCGAACCCACAGCUUGAUCCUCUCCAUUAAGGUCCUCAUCCCCAUCCUCGGCCUUUCCUACCUCGUUCUGCUCUGGAUGCCCGAGACACACGACGCCGCUGGCGUCGCCGGUCCCUAUGUCAUCAUGGCUGUCCUCGGUGCCUCGAGCUUCUCCCUCGUCCCCGUCGCGCUCGAGUUUCUCACCGAGGUCAGCCAUCCGCUCGGCCCCGAAGUCACCUCCACCGUCGCCUGGGCCGGCGGUCAAAUCUUUGGCGCCGUAUUUCUCAUCAUCGGCAAUCACCUGGUCGAUGGCGACAACGGCGACCCCCCGCACAACAUGAAGCGCUACCUCAUCUUCCAGGCUGUCGUCAGCAUGGUCGUUGUCCCCAUCCCUCUCAUGCUCGGGCUUUUCGGGCGCAAGGAUAAAGUCGUACUCCGCCGUUUCAAGGGUGACACGGCUGGCCGCGAUCCAGCCCUCACCCCUGCUUGA